UACUGACAGAUUCACUGUUAUCAAAAGAGUUGUGAAAAAUGAUUGUCUGAAAAAUUUUGUUUAUCAAAUUAUGAAGAAUAAAAUAGUGAAAUAAGCAAUUGAUCGGUGAACUUGCAUGCUAAAUAGUAAGUUAAAACAUUGGAUAUGACUGGACGCAAUCGAAAUACGAAUGGAAAAAUCGAAGCCAUCAUCGAAAGUUGUCGUAGUGAAGGUAAAUGGAAGAGAGUUAUCGAACUGGCCGAGGAAUUGAAAGUUGGCUCACCCUCCAACUAUGAAUGUUUGUCCAACUUUCUGGUCGGCGAAGGAAAAUUGGAAAGUUAUCUGGAAGAACAUCCGCCCAUUGAAUCCAAUUUUACGAAGGCAAAGUCUGGACUGCAAGAAGCUAAAAAUUAUUUGACAUUAGUAACUGGUGAAAGUGGACGCCGGGCUGGUAUCGCAUUGGACGCACAUCUCUUACUGGCCAAGCUGUAUUAUUCAUGCGGUCAAUAUGACGAUAGUUUAGAGAAUUUCGUGAAGGCUGAAUUAAAUUCCUUGUCAGAAAAAGAACUAACUCUGCGAAGUUUGAAAAUUUUAGCCGAAUCAUAUGCCAUCAAAGGGUUGAGUCUCGAAAAUCAAGGGCUAAAGGGAACGUCCAAAUUCAAGCAAGCAGAAAGAGAAACUGAAAUGAUCACUUGCUUCGAACGAGCUGCCGAUCUUGGACUUCUUUAUCUUCAAGAGCAAGAUCUUGCCGACAUUGCUUCGGAAACACGGUGUAUGGGCGCUAUUUUGGAAACAGCGUUACAACGAGCUCCCAUUGUGCUAAUUAAGGUUGGGCGGCUGUUGGAUGCCAUAGAACGCUAUCGAUCGAUGUUAAAUGCAGUCGAAACAAAGACUACACAGUCUCUCCGGCUCACCUUAGCUCGUCAGCUGGCGGAAGUUCUGCUUAGAGGAGUGUCUGGUACAAUCUAUGCACCGCCCGAGAAAUUGGUACCCACAAAAAAUACUGCGACGCCCCGUAAGCUGUGGAAACCGAAAAAAUAUUCCGGCAGAAACUACUUCACGCCGAAGAAUCUACCGGAAGAGACCAUACUCUUGUUGCUAAUUGCUGAAACGUUGGCAGUUCGUGACGCUGUUUUGUCACAAAGUACAGAGUUUCGAGUAGCUCGCAGCCAUGCACUGGGUAAUGCUGCAGCUGUAUACGAUCUAUUAACUUUAGCAACGAUGCGUUGGGGUCAAGUGGGACUGCUACACGAGUCAUUUGAAAAGGCAUUGAAAUUUUCGUUCGGCGAACAGCACAUAUGGCGACAGUAUUCAUUCAGUUUAGCAGCACUGGGCCGACAUGCUCACGCGUUACGAGCGUUAAAGGAAACAUCAAAACUGGUGCCACAAGAUUCACUUUUGUGUUUGAUGUCAUCACGACUGUGCUACGAAGAAUUGGGCUUGAUCAAAGAUGGAUUGUAUUGGGCGCAGCAAGCUCAAAGCAAAGAUAUCAAAGGAUUACGACCGUCGCGAGCAUUACUGUACGUCGGUAUUGGUUAUCAACAAGUAGCUGCAUCAACGAAUUUAAAAUCUCAGAAGGAGCACUACGGGAAGCUUGCAUUCGAAGCAUUAGAAAAGGCUGUACAAUUGGACCCGAACGAUCAUCUCUCCGAAUACUAUCUGGCUUUGCAGCAUGCUAUGAACUACAAUAUUAUUGACGCCUUGUACCACAUACGAAUAGCGUUGUCUUUGCGUGCUGAGCAUGCCAGCAGUUUGCAUUUGUUUGCACUACUGUUAACAGCGAACCGUCGACCGAAAGAAGCUCUAUUGGUUGUGGAAGACGCAUGCGACGAAUUUCCAGACAAUUUACAUCUGUUGCAUGUAAAAGCUUACUUAGAAUUACAUUUACACGAUGCUGAAACGUCGCUAGCUACAGUGCAAAAAAUGUUCCUGAUAUGGCGCGAACUUUACGAGUCGCAAGUGACUGGAUUAGACAAUGAUAAUUCCGACACCAAAAGCAUCUUUCAAAUGCAUUCAGCGCAUUCGGAUAAGGAUUCAAGUUCCGUUCAUGCCGCAUCACUGGCCGCCUCACGCGUUGAGCAUGCAUUGAGUGAAGCAGCCAGUUCACUAAGUUCAUUUAGUCCACGACCCGGUCCACAAGGUGCUUGGAUUAUUCAACUAAAAGUAUGGCUACUGCUGGCCGACAUUUAUCUGUCCAUAGAACAACCCAACGAAGCAAUGUUUUGCAUACAGGAAGCGUCACAAAUACAUCCACUUUCACAUCAAAUCAUGUACAUGCGAGGUCAGGUUCAUGUCUUUUUGUCGCAAUGGGCUGACGCGAAACAAUGCUUUCUCAAUGCUGUCUCAGCCAAUCCAUGUCAUACCGAAGCACUGUGCGCGUUGGGAGAAGUUCAUCAUAUACUGGGCGAGCCACGAUUAGCGGAAAAAAUGAUUAAGGACGCGGCCCGGUUGGAUCCGAAUAGCCCGAAUAUUUGGUAUAGUCUAGGAAAAGUCAUGGAAACACUUGGUGAUCAUCAAGCAGCCGCCGAUUGUAUGGCAACUGCUUUGCAAUUGGAACCAUCAUGCCCGGUUCUGCCAUUCUCGACGAUUGCACUAACAUUUGAAUGAAUGUCACGGAGCAAAGUUAAAAUUAUGUGACCGGUGGAAUGGGGUGCAGUAUCUGGUGAUAGAAUUUUUUUUUUCGAAAUUCAAUUUAUUGUUGAACCGACAACUUAUAUACAAGGGUUCUGGAUGUUAAUCUAUCUGUAGAUAAAAUCAUGUUAAAUUUUAAUCAUUGUUCAAAGGAAAAUGUAAAAAUUCAAAACGUUACUCAUGUAUUUCGUGAAUAAAGAGGUGGAAUGCUA